GUGAGUGAAGUGUGUGCAGGGGGAGUCCGCAUCAGUCCGCAUCAGUCUGCCUCGGUCCGCAGACCUCGCGGAGGGAGACCAGCUCAAUGACCCAGGUCCAGGUUUUUAUUAACUUUGGGAGUCUGGAGCAGUUUUUGGGAGACACUGAGAGGUUUCUGUGAACAAGCCUGAAGUCCUGAGAGAUCUAACAACUGUUGAUCGGUGGAUCUGAUUUAAUCCUCCGGACUACAGAAGUAUGAAGUCCACCAUCUGUGGAAUAAUGCCGCACUAAAGGGUUCUUACACAGUUCUUAAACGAGAGCAGCUGGACCUUCAGGACUGUUUCAUUCUGGGCUGCAGGAGGUUUUAGAAAGACUCCUCUACUUUGUGGACUUGCUGUGGGGGUCUGUAUCGUCCGUCAUGGUGGCGGGGAGAAGCUGGCGGUGGGUUUGGAUAACCGGCUGCAGUCUGCUCCUCUUCCAGUCGGGAGCCUCUCAGUACGAGAAGGGGAUUUCGGUCCCGGAUCACGGGUUCUGCCAGUCCAUCUCCAUCCCGCUCUGCACAGACAUCGCCUACAACCAGACCAUCAUGCCCAACCUGCUGGGCCACACCAACCAGGAGGACGCCGGGCUGGAGGUGCACCAGUUUUACCCGCUGGUCAAAGUCCAGUGCUCCGUGGACCUGAAGUUCUUCCUGUGUUCCAUGUACGCGCCGGUCUGCACGGUCCUGGAGCAGGCCAUCCCGCCCUGCCGGUCGCUAUGCGAGCGGGCGCGGCAGGGCUGCGAGGCACUCAUGAAUAAGUUCGGUUUCCAGUGGCCGGACAGGCUACGCUGCGAGAACUUUCCCGUCCACGGUGGCGAGGAGAUCUGCGUGGGUCAGAACACCACCGACGCAGACGGCCCCACGUCCGACCCGACCCCCAUCCUCCCCGAGCUGGUCUCCCUGCCGCCGUACAUCCGCCACAACCAGCCCUUCUCCUGCCCGCUGCAGCUCCAGGUGCCCCCCUACCUCAACUACCACUUCCUGGGGGCGAAGGACUGCGGCGCCCCCUGCGAUGUCUCCAAACUCAACGGACUGAUGUAUUUCCGCGAGGAGGAGUUGAAGUUCGGCCGGCUCUGGGUCGGGAUCUGGUCGGUCCUGUGCGGCGUCAGCACCCUCUUCACCGUGCUCACGUACCUGGUGGACAUGAGACGGUUUCGAUACCCGGAGAGGCCGAUCAUCUUCCUGUCAGGGUGCUACUUUAUGGUGGCGGUGGCGUACGGCGCCGGCUUCCUGCUGGAGGACAGAGUCGUGUGCGUGGACAUGUUCAACCAAGAGGGCUACAAGAUGGUGGCCCAGGGCACCAAGAAGGAGGGCUGCACCAUUCUCUUCAUGAUCCUCUACUUCUUCGGCAUGGCAAGCUCCAUCUGGUGGGUGAUCCUGUCCCUCACCUGGUUCCUGUCCGCCGGGAUGAAGUGGGGCCACGAGGCCAUCGAGGCCAACUCGCAGUACUUCCACCUGGCGGCGUGGGCAGUGCCGGCAGUUAAGACCAUCACCAUCCUGGCUAUGGGUCAGGUGGACGGCGACCUGCUCACUGGCGUCUGCUACGUGGGGAUCUACAACGUGAACGCCCUGCGAGGCUUCGUCCUGGCGCCCCUGUUCGUCUACCUCUUCAUCGGCACUUCCUUCCUGCUGGCGGGCUUCGUGUCGCUCUUCCGCAUCCGCACCAUCAUGAAGCACGACGGCACCAAGACGGAGAAGCUGGAGAGGCUGAUGGUGCGAAUCGGCGUAUUCAGCGUGCUGUACACGGUGCCCGCCACCAUCGUCAUUGCCUGCCACUUCUACGAGCAGGGGUUCCGGCCGCAGUGGGAAAGGACAUGGCACAGGCAGACCUGCAAACACUUCGCCGUGCCAUGCCCGGCCGGAAACUUUGCAUCACUGACGCCAGACUUCACCGUGUUCAUGAUCAAGUACCUGAUGACCAUGAUUGUCGGGAUCACGUCCGGAUUCUGGAUCUGGUCUGGGAAGACGCUGCAGUCGUGGCGCCAGUUUUACAAAAGACUGAGCGGCGGCGAGCAGGGCGAGACGGCGGUGUGACGACCACAACCGCCGCCCAGAGACAAUAUGAACACCAACCAGCUGCAGUGUGAGCUUUCCACUCGUCACUCUUUUAAUUUUUUAUUCUUCUUCAUCGACGCAAGUUUCUCUUCAACGGGUCUGAAAACGUUUCCUGCUUCCUUUAGUUUAAUGAACAAAUAAUAACAAUAAUAAUAAUAAAUCUAAAUAUCAUCAUCAAUCAUUAAAAAUGUAAUCCUCAUUCACGUUAAUUAAACCCAACUCAUAAUAAUGAAUGUGCAGUAUUAUAAUUAUAAACUCUGGUAAAUUAAAUAGUUAACGUUUGUAUGAAUAUGAAUUUAAGUUAUUCAGAUAAAUUCUGUCGACAUAUUUUAAAUAAGUUUGGAGAAAAGCUUCAUAUGAGAGUUUAAUUUAAUUUUAAGUUUAAUCAACUUUAAAUUGAUGAGUUACUUGAACUCAAAUCAAUCAUGUUUGUUCCUGCUGGGAUGGAGGACCAUAAAGUUAUUAUAACCCACCGCUAACAGGAGCUAACAGCUAACUGAACACUGUUAAAGGACUACAAACAACGGCUGCUACCACAAAGCUAAAUCAAUCAGUGGGUUAUAAUGUAAACGAUCACAGACCUGUUGGAUCAAUAACUUCCAGCCGGUUUGAUCAGGAAUGUGUUUCUAUGUAAAUACACUCUUCAAAGCAGCAUGUGUCUCUUUUUGUACUUUGUGCAGUUUUUCAGAAUAAAAUGUAAAAAGUUGUGAAAAGUCUGCAGCUACAGUUCAGAUCCUGAAACCUGAUCCUCUCUCUUCCCUUUUGUCCUGAGACCCUCCCCGAGCCUCAGAGCCUGAAACCAGAGCGGUCUGACCUCCUUCCAGGAACACAACGCACAUUUCAGCCUGUUCACUCGUUCGUUUAAUGACACACACACUGAUUCACUGCUGAGGCUCGUUCAUGGAGAAAAGUUGCUCCUAACUUUUCUCCAGUGUGAAAUGAAUCCAGAGGAAGUUGUCUGCUAACUGCUAACAGCUCAUCCACAGAUUUUAAAAGGUACAUUAAUAUUAUAAUGUAGUUAAAGCAGAAGUCUUGUUGGUGGUGUGGCGCCCUCUGGUGGUGAAAACUGUCUGCUGCAGUUUCAGUGUAAAAUCAGUAAAUAUAAUAACUAAUGUAAGUUGUUUAUGUCUAAAAUAAUGAGAAAUAUGUUCACAAAGAUCAUUAUUUAUCAGUGUAAUGAUUAAAAAAAUGAACAGGAACAGGAAACAAAGUUCAGCUGGUUGUUGUUGUGAUCUACAGGAACUAUUGUUAAUUAUUAAACUGAUGAAUGAACCUUUAAAGCUGCUUUACAGAUCGAGGAGCCUCUCAGCAGUUAUAAUAUUAUCAUCAGAACAUCGGAACCAAAUCAAUACAAACUUUAAUAUUCCAGCAGAAAAUAAAUCACAGUAAUCUGAAUUUAAAUAAAGUUUUUAGCUUUAAUUUAACAUAAAGAUAUUUACACAUAAAAUGACCUAUAAAUACAACAUUCACAUUAAUGAUAUUCAGCUUUAUUGAUUCUAAAUGCAGCUCUGAUGUAUCAAUAAUUAAUGAUCAUCAUUAUUAAAUUACUGAUUAUUUAGAGACAUUUUUUUACAUAAAAAGUCAGAUAUAUUUAUUAUUUAAUAAACUGUAAAAAAAAUUAGUUUAAAAUUAAAGUUUAAUACUGUUAAUAAGUUUAUAAAAUGAUGUAAAAUUAGUGACAUUAUCAGUAAAAGUAUUAGUUGUGUAUUUGAAUGGAUUAGUUAGUGAACUGACAGAUAUGUUGUAUAAUGAUGGAAGUUGAAUAAAUGUUGUUUAUCAGUGUAUAAGCAUUGGUAAACUGUCCAAAUACAGUUGUUAUCAGUGUAAACAGCAAUAAUUACUGUAAUCUCACAGAUAAUGACUUUUAUUACAGUUCUAUAACUUUUAACAUUCACAUUAAAAUAAUAAUAAUCCAAUAAUAACAGCACUCUGCUGUAAAUGUAAGUCUGAUUAUUGUAUUAUAGCAGAGUUCACCUGGAUUUAUAGAUCAUUGUAUUUACAGUGUAAAUAUCUGUCAUUAAACAUUAUAAAGACAGAAAGUUAGAGAAAUCUGAGUUUCUGUCAAAUUAAAGUUAAAAAUAGUUUUUAUUAAGUUAUUUUCUGUUAUUUUAGUGCAUUUUCUGGCAUCCAGCUGCUGGAAUAUUAAUAUUUUUUCUUUUGGUUCCUUUAAAUAUUUUCUUAAAACUUUUCUUUUUGUGCUUUUAGGAAUAUUUGAUGUUUUUAUUUUCAAUGUUUGUAUUCUUAUUUAUUUGUUUGUUUAUUAAUCAGUGCUCGAGUUCUUAUUGUCAUUUUAUCGGCCUGGUUUGGUUUUUAUUUGUUAUCUCUAUUCAGCACUUUGGAACAUUGUUAAGAGUUAAAAUAGAGAAUAAAGUUUAUUAUUAUUAUUAUUAUUAUUAUUAUUAUUGAUUACUGAUUGUUUGGCCGAUUGUCUUCUUCUUCUUCUUCUUCUCCUCAACCAUCAAUACAUCUGAUCAAUAAAAAUGAACCAACAUGUUCUUUGUUGAAGAGUUUUACAAUAAAAAGAAACAAACUGG